CACUGAUUCCUUGCUUGGCCAUGUCCAAUCUACUGAUAAGUUCAUUAAAAGCAUUAUUCAUUUUUGUUGUAGUGAUUUUUAUUUGUAGCAUUUUCUUUUCAUUCUUUCUUCGAGUUGUGCUUACAUUACCCAUCUGUACUUACAUGUUGUCUACUUUUUCCAUUAGAGUUUUUCACAUAGUAAUCAUAGUUAUUUUAUAUUCUGUAUCUGAAAUUAUUACUGAUAACCCCCAAAUCUGUGCCAUACCUGAGUCUAAUUCUGAUGCCUGCUUUGUCUCCUCAGAUUGCCUUUUAUCUUGCCUUUUAGCAUGCUUUUUACUGUUUUUUAAAAGCCAGGAUAUGUUGGGCAAUGGGAACUGAGGUAAAUAGGCUUUUAGUGUAAUGUUUUACGUUAAUUUGACUAGGGUCUGGGCCAUUAAAUGUUUGUUGUAGGGGUAGGUGCCAGAGGCUUCAGUUUGCUCUAGUGUCUUUAUUUUUUGUUUUAUUUUUCUCCCCCAUUGUCUUUGCAUUUCCCUAAGAAUUCCUUUUUAAAUGGUCUGUUUCUUGCAACUUGUUCAGUUGAAAUCCACUGUUACUUUACCAGAACCCUGGUGACAUGGUGGUAGAGUAUGAGGACGAGGAAGUGUUCUAUAAUCUUAGGACCAAAUCUUAGUCUUUUGGUGGGCUGGAGUCCUGGGCUGCAACUCUCACAAAUAUUUUUUGGCCCUUUCCUCCCCUUCUUUUCAGGUGAAACAAGAAGGGUAGAGGGGCUAUAGCUGGCUAAUUUCCCCUCUCCCAGGACAGCAUAUAAGGCUCUGGUAAAUUUUCCCUUGGAGUGUUGGCUUUUGUCAUGGAGAACAGUGCAAGCUUAUUUCAAAACCGUUACUUUCCCCUGGAUGUUUUUCAAAAGGGUUCUGUUCUCCUUCCCCUUACUCAAAAGGGAGAAGAUUUUUAUUGGAUCUUUAUCCUGGGCAUUGUUACUUUUCUCCUCCCCUUACCAAAAAGGGGAGGAGAUCAUUCUUGGAUCUUCAUGUUCAGAACCUGGUGAAGUCCUGGAGGGUAAAGCCAAAAGAUUGUGGAGGGUUCUCGUUGGAUUGGGUCCGUUGGAGUUCUUACUUGCAAGCCUUUGUUGAAAUUAGCAUUUAAGUUUUCUCCCCAGUGUAUUUCUCUAGCACCUUCUGCUCCAGGAGCACAGUCACUUGGUGUGCCUACUUCACUUCUUUUAAGCGAAAGAACAGCGGACAGGCAGCAUGAGUGACUGGGGUUCCUUAGGCCAGCUCCUCGGCAAGGUUCAAACCUACUCCAACCCUGGAGGGAAGGUAUGGCUCUCCAUCCUUUUCGUAUUCCGAAUCCUGCUCCUGGGGACAGCAGUUGAGUCAGCCUGGGAUGAUGAGCAGUUUGCCUUUCGUUGUAAUACUCGGCAGCCCGGUUGUGAAAACGUCUGCUACGAUAAGUCCUUCCCGAUCUCUCAUGUGCGCUUCUGGGUGCUGCAGAUCAUAUUUGUGUCUGUCCCCUCACUUUUGUACCUAGUGCAUGUAUUCUACUUGCUGCGCAAGGAACAUAAUUCGAAAAAGAAAGGGGAGGAACUCACAGUUGCUCAAACCAAUGAUGUCAACAUGGAGGAAAUCAGAAUCGAAAUGAAGAAGUUCAAGUUCAGCGCUGAAGAACACUAUAAGGUGAAGAUGAGAAGGGACUUGCUGCGAAUCUAUACUGUCAGCAUCUUCUUCAAGUCUCUUUUCGAGGUGGCCUUCCUGCUGAUCCAGUGGUACAUCUAUGGAUUCAGUCUAAACGCGGUUUACACUUGCAUACGAGACCCCUGCCCGCAUCAAGUGGACUGCUUCCUUUCUCGCCCCACAGAGAAAAAUAUCUUCAUUCUCUUCAUGCUAGUGGUGUCCUUGGUGUCUCUUGCUUUGAACAUCGUCGAGCUAUUCUCUGUCUUUGUCAAGAGCAUUAAGGACCGCGUGAAGGAUUCAAAGAGUGAGUCUUACUAUGUUAUAUCUGGUCUGCUGGGUCCCUCCAAAGGCAGUUCAUCAGUUAUUGCUCUCUCUGACAUGUCCGUUCCCAGGAACAAGCUUGUUCCCGGAAACGCAAACAGUUCUUCCUGCCUCAGUUACAGCAAACAAGGAAAUGAGCAAAACCGUGCUAAAUAGAGUGCAUAGCAAGGUUUAAUGGAGCAGGCAAGAAGCACCGCCUCUCCACUCGCUCACACAGCCUUUUAAUUUCCUUGAUGAUAAGCAGAUUCUGAGGGAAAAAACAAAAACCCUAGCUACUGGGCAGUAGCCAUUGUAGACAGCAGCCAUUCUGCAAAGCCAGCAGUCAUGCCAGCAGCAGCCUUGAUGACCUAGAGAUCUAGACACAUGCUUGAAAGCAUUAUGAUUUUGCUCAAAUGUUAAAGUAAAAGGAAGGUACAAUGGAGAGUGUACUUUUGUUCCAGUGGAAGCAGUACUGAACACUGUCAGUCACGAGGCUUAGUGGACAUACAGGGUUCUUUUGGAGUAUCUGGGAUAGGAGGGGAGAGACGGGGAGGGAUUAAUUAAUCAGAGGAACAUCUUGGUAUUUAAAAUGGUUGACUCGAAGAAUUUACAUUUUAAAUAAAGUCUCCAUCAGGUGGUACAUAAGUAAAGACUUUCUCUCCCAUAUUCCCCACGAAUGGUUCAGUGUAUAUGAAGGAGUGAUAGAUAUUUGUGAUGUGUUGGUACAAACAAGACACAGUAUAAACUCAUGAACAUGGAUCAUUAAAAUAAUGCAGUGUUCAAAUUUGAGCCUUUGUCACAGAUUUUGUGGUAUGGGCCAUAUGAUGUUUACAUUACAUAAUUCCUACUGUGAAAGUGAAGCACUCCUCCCUCCCCCACUCAGAUGCCCCCCUUCAGCCACUUUAUUCUAUUAGGGACACUGGUUCUGUUCGUUAUGAUUUUUUUCUUUUGUAGAAAGAUGUCGGGAAUGAUGUCCUUUUUCUGAAAUGUAAUCAUUGAUACUUGAAUGAUACACUUUUAGUUCUGUGAACAGCAGUCAAUGUGAGAAACUUAAAAGGAACGAAAAGAGCUGAACUAUUAAAUGUUCUUACAUGAAUUUUGCAGUAACUGAUAGUUCUUGGCUUUGUUCUACUUAAUAAACCUUACAUAACAAGCAUUAUUGUAGAACUUGUAUUCUGUUAUGAGUUUGGCGGGCAGUCUUUUGGGGUGGCUGGCAUUUUUGAUGUUUGUACUGAGAUUUGGAGUGCAAGAAAGGUUGAAAGAGGUUUGAAUAUUACCCAUGUAACUAAUGUGUUGGAAAUGUACACUAAAGAAAUCUGUUUCUUCAAAUACCUUUUCUAAAACUGACAGAUGGUUGGUGAAAAUGCCGAGCUUCAUACUUUGUUCUUGUGCGACAGCUACAUCAACAGUUUUGUACACUAAAUAGUUUAAUAUUUCACAUUAGACUACUGUCAUGUUCAGCUUUAUUAGUGCAAAUGUAGACCUAGUCCAUCAUAUAGUCUAGAGAAUGUUCUUUAAUAAAGUUUAAGAGAACAACCUGCA